AAUUAAGUAUAUAAUCCUUGAAGAAGGGAGGAGAAAGGGAGAGAGAGCAUAACACUAUCUUUAGUGAUGGGUGAGCUGGUGGAAGUACACUCGAGCCCAGCCACAAGGAGGCCGGGGUUGGAAACAUUGGUCAUCGCAGGGCCUCCACUUCAACUUAAUUGCCCAUCAAUGACUCCGUCACCACUGCUUGAUUCGGUCCCCCAAACCCCCAAGAGCCCCUUUGUUACACGUUUGAUGACUCCUGUAGCUAGCCCUAUGAAAAAGGCAAUUGUAAGCAUGCAAGGUUACCUGGAAGAAGUUGGCCACUUCACCAAGCUUGACCCACAGGAAACUUGGCUUCCCAUUACUGAGUCCCGAAAUGGUAAUGCAUACUACUCAGCAUUUCAUACAUUGAGUUCAGGAAUAGGAUUUCAAGCGCUUGUUCUUCCUCUAGCUUUUACCACUCUUGGUUGGGUCUGGGGAAUUAUAUGUCUAUCACUGGCUUUUAUUUGGCAGUUAUACACACUAUGGUUACUGGUUCAGCUGCAUGAAUCAGAAUCUGGGAAGCGUUACAGCCGAUACCUCCGACUUUCCAUGGCAGCUUUUGGAGAAAAACUUGGGAAACUGCUGGCUCUUUUCCCUAUCAUGUAUCUAUCAGGAGGUACCUGCGUGACCUUGAUCAUGAUCGGAGGUGGGACCAUGAAGAUAUUCUUCCAGAUCGUGUGUGGGAACACAUGCAGUUUAAAACCGCUCUCUGUUGUAGAGUGGUACGUGGUGUUCACUUGCUUAGCCAUUAUUCUGGCUCAACUUCCCAACUUGAACUCCAUUGCUGGAGUCUCCCUAGUCGGGGCAAUAACGGCAAUCAGCUAUUGCAGUUUGAUAUGGAUUGUCUCUAUUAUUCAUGGCACGCCAGAGGGCGUGUCCUAUGACCCACCUGAGGCAAAAUCGGAAAUGGCCAGGCUUUUCAAUAUUUUUAACUCACUUGGGAUAAUCACCUUUGCUUUUAGAGGCCACAAUCUCGUGCUGGAAAUACAGGGGACAAUACCUUCCAGCGGAAAGCACCCUUCCCGCCUACCAAUGUGGAGAGGAGUGAAGUUCGCUUACUUGAUUGUUGCAACCUGCUUGUUUCCCCUUGCAAUCGGUGGCUAUUGGGUUUAUGGAAACUUGAUGGCUGAAAAUGGAGAGAUGCUAAGUGCUUUGUACAAAUACCAUAAACGCGACACAUCAAAGUUGCUUCUAGGGCUAGCAAGCCUACUCGUAGUAAUUAACAGCCUCACCUCAUUCCAAAUAUAUGCUAUGCCCGUAUUCGACAAUUUGGAGUUUAGAUAUACAAGCAAGUGGAAAAGGCCAUGUCCACAGUGGCUGCGCACAGGUAUUAGAGUUUUCUUCGGAAGCUUGGCAUUCUUUAUUUCGGUGGCACUACCAUUCUUGCCAAGCUUGGCAGGGUUGAUUGGAGGGAUCGCAUUACCGAUCACCUUGGCAUAUCCCUGUCUUAUGUGGGUGAUAAUCAAGAAACCUCAGAAAUUUAGUCUGAAUUGGUGCCUUAACUGCUUAUUAGGAGUUUUAGGAAUGGUCCUCAGUGUCUUGGUGACCACUGGAGCAAUAUGGGGCAUAGUGACCAAGGGGAUAAAAAUUCACUUCUUUAAACCCCAAUGAGCUAGCAAUGGCUGCAUGAUCAUAGAUCUUGUAAUCAAAGCUAACCUAGAAGCCUUGGAUCUCCUAAACCAAAUACCCACCCAGUGAAGGAAGCAACAAUGUCAAACAUGAGCAACUUCUUUGAAUGAUCUUAUAAUCCCUGUGCAACUGGCU